CCCCCUGUCUUCCUGCUGAUGCUGACAAGAUGGCGGCAGAGAGCGGAGUGUUGUCUUAUACCGUGAACAAGUGGAGCUCUUUCUCCUCUAGUUAUCUUCCAGAGAACAUUUUAGUUGACAAACCUAAUGAUCAAUCUUCACGGUGGUCUUCAGAGAGCAACUACCCUCCGCAGUUUCUGAUACUGAAAGUUGAAAGGCCAGCAAUUGUACAAAGCAUCACCUUUGGGAAAUACGAGAAGACACAUGUCUGUAACUUGAAGAAGUUUAAGGUCUUUGGUGGAAUGAAUGAAGAAAACAUGACCGAACUUCUCUCUAGUGGCCUGAAAAACGAUUACAACAAGGAGACCUUCACAUUGAAGCAUAAAAUUGACGAACAGAUGUUCCCCUGUCGUUUCAUUAAAAUAGUGCCUCUAUUGUCAUGGGGUCCGAGUUUUAAUUUUAGUAUUUGGUAUGUUGAAAUCAACGGCAUUGACGAUCCUGAGGUUGUACAGCCUUGUCUUCAUUGGUACAGCAAGUACCGUGAACAGGAAGCCAUUCGCCUUUGUCUGAAGCAUUUCCGGCAGCACAACUAUACAGAAGCUUUUGAGUCCUUACAGAAGAAAACCAAAAUAGCUUUAGAGCACCCGAUGCUAACGGAGCUGCAUGACAAGCUAGUACUGAAAGGAGACUUUGACGCCAGCGAGGAGCUCAUUGAAAAAGCUGUAAAUGAUGGGCUAUUCAGCCAGUACAUCAGUCAGCAAGAAUACAAACCACAAUGGAACCAAAUAAUUCCUAAAUGCAUUAAAGGUGAUAGCGAAGACAGCCGUCCAGGAAUGAGAGGAGGACAUCAGAUGGUCAUAGAUGUUCAGUCUGAAACUGUAUAUUUAUUCGGAGGCUGGGAUGGCACGCAGGAUCUUGCUGACUUCUGGGCAUACAGUGUGAGAGAAAAUCAAUGGAUUUGUAUUUCUAGAGACACAGAGAAAGAGAAUGGUCCCAGUGCCAGAUCUUGUCACAAGAUGUGCAUUGACUCUCAGCGGAGGCAGAUCUACACUUUAGGCAGAUACCUGGACUCAUCUGUGCGAAACAGCAAGUCCUUGAAAAGUGACUUCUAUCGAUACGACAUUGACACCAACACCUGGUCUUUAUUAAGUGACGACACUGCGGCUGAUGGAGGGCCAAAGCUGGUAUUUGAUCACCAGAUGUGUAUGGAUUCAGAAAAGCACAUGAUCUACACCUUUGGAGGCCGAAUCCUUACUUGCAAUGGCAAUGUGGAUGACAGCAGAGCCAAUGAACCCCAGUUUAGUGGACUUUUUGCUUUUGACUGCCAUACUCGAACCUGGAAACUUCUGCGAGAAGACUCUUGCAAUGCUGGACCUGAAGAUAUACAGUCCAGGAUAGGGCACUGCAUGCUUUUCCACUCUAAAAACCGCUGCUUAUAUGUGUUUGGUGGACAAAGAUCAAAGACCUAUUUGAAUGACUUCUUCAGCUAUGAUGUAGACAAUGACCAUGUGGAAAUUAUAUCUGAUGGCACCAAGAAGGAUUCUGGUAUGGUGCCAAUGACGGGCUUCACUCAGAGAGCUACCAUUGACCCAGAGUUAAAUGAAAUCCACGUUUUGUCAGGCCUGAGUAAAGAUAAAGAAAAGCGUGAAGAGAAUGUCAGAAAUUCCUUCUGGAUUUAUGAUAUUGUUCGAAAUAGCUGGUCGUGUGUGUAUAAGAAUGAUCAAGCGUCAAAAGAAAAUCCAAACAAAAGCCUUCAAGAGGAGGAGCCCUGUCCUAGAUUUGCACACCAGUUGGUUUAUGAUGAGCUGCACAAGGUUCAUUACCUCUUUGGAGGAAAUCCAGGAAAAUCCUGCUCUCCAAAAAUGCGAUUAGAUGACUUCUGGUCACUGAAGUUGUGUCGGCCUUCCAAAGAGUACUUGUUGAGACACUGUAAAUACCUCAUUAGAAAACACAGGUUUGAAGAAAGAGCUCAGACAGAGCCUCUCAGUGCAUUAAAGUACCUGCAGAAUGAUUUAUUUGUCACUGUGGAUCAUUCAGACCCUGAAGAGACGAAAGAGUUUCAGCUUCUUCCAUCUGCACUAUUUAAGGCUAACAAAGAUUUCACCCCUUUGGGCUUCUCGGAUGUUGACCACACAUACGCUCGGAGAACACAACUUUUUGAUACACUUGUCAACUUCUUCCCAGACAGUAUGACACCACCUAAAGGCAAUUUGGUUGAUCUUAUUACACUGUGAAGAACUCGCUAAAAAGGAGCUGAACAAAAACUGUUAAUUGCUAUAUGUAUAAUUGGAACUGAAGUUGAAAUACAACAUGUGCACAUCAGAGUGAACAUUAUGUAAUGAAAAAAAUCCUAUUUCUAUAACGUUAGGGUCUCCUUGCUGCUUGAGGAUUUAUUUCCAGCGAUUGUUUCCAUUUGAUUUCAUCUCCCUGUUUUUGAGAUGCCUAAAUAUAAGGUAGCCGCUUAUUUUCCUUCCCUUAUUUAAAUACUUUUCCUCUCCCUAAAAGAUUUCUAUUUAGGGGUGACGUGUUAGCCUUUGUUAUUUUCGUUAACAAUAAGAGGAUUGCCCCCUGUGUUAUAAUUUUUCUUGGUGAAUGAGGGGGCUUUGGUGUAUGUUACAAUAACAUGGAAAUGAAGCAUAAGCGCAAAGAGGAUUACAAGAAGGAAGACCUCCUGUACAGCUACUGUAUCUUCUGUAUAAAGAUUGUGAAUAUAAAUAUAAUUUUCUUUUUUAGUUUUUGAGUUUUCACAGCCUUUACUUUGAAUAUAAGAUAGUAGCUUGUAAGAAACUGAGUUAUAAGCCAAAUGUAACAGCAGUCAUUGUGUUAUACUUUGAGUUGCAGAACACAGGGGAAGAUUUGAGAUUUGUUUUUUCCCCAUAGCAAGCAGUCACGGCGCAGCGUUCAUUUCAUUUUCUGCUCUCGAAAAUGAAAACUGUGCUGUGAUUGGUGGCUAUGGGCAACCAAGACAGUUUUCAUAACUCUGCCCCAUAGUGCUUAUUUAUUCAUAGUCUAUGUAUAUUGAGCACAUAACCUUCCAGUUCUUGUUUUGGGAUAGAAAGUGGAAGGGCAAGCUGUUGAAAUAGUCUGAACAAGGCUUGUAGUCUGCACCAUUUACUUAGAAUUCAUGCAUGAAAAGUAUUAAAGCCACAUGCUUCGAUGAAACGUGACGUUAUGGCCUGUAGAUGAGUAAUGACACUUAGAGGUUCUUUACCAAUGGUCUAUGAUCACUGAAGGAAAUGAAAUAUUGUGAGGCGGCUCCCCAGAACACCCUGAUCAAAUGGAAAUGCUAGGACAUUUUUGUACACCUGUCCUAAAGCAUAGCUCUAGACUUGCCAUGUGAAAUCCUGUCACUUGUUCCUUAGCAGUAGUCGAAUGUGUAGUUUGUUGCUAAGAAGCAAGUGAGAAUUUAAGGUAGAGUAUGGGAAAUCUCAAGACCACCCUAUACUCAAAUACUAAUGUAUCAGAACAGAAGUGUUUCAUAGAUAAUUGCUUUGCUGCCGACGUGAAGACCACGUUUUGUAGGAGCCUUUUUCAUACAUUGUGGGAUGCAUCUUGUAAUUGUUUUCUACGAGUCUUGGAUAUUCUGGACUGCUACUUAAGAGAAGAGCAUUUCUGUCAUAGAGGGGACGCUGUGUCACCCACUGAAGGAAGAGAGAGGCUGGCCAUUAGAUUGUGAGCUUUCUGCAGGGUCAGCUAACCAUCUAAUGUGUACAUAGGCUCCUCUGACAGGGCUAUAGGCGUGUUGGUUUCGAUAUGCCCGAUCAUUUGUUCUGAGGGAGCCAGCCUCUCUUCCCAUGGAAAACAUAUGCCUACCUGGCCCAGCAUGCAUGUGCAAGUGUACGGACAGCUUUAGAUUUUGUAGUGUACUACUUAGACCUUUAUAUGUUUAAAAAUCUACAAGGCCAAAACAAUCCAGACUGGCUUUCAUUUUGCUACCAACUUUUCCAAUUACAGUUUGAAUUGUCCGGGGGGGCCAUUGCAUUCCCUUGUUAAUGAGUGUCAUGUAAUGUGGACAUAAAACCAUGGCAAAACAAGUAAUGACGUUCUGGUCUAGUCCUUAUUCACACCACUGUGUAUCUCCUCCAUAUUAACACUAAAUACAAAAAUGGACCAAAUCACACACGGUCCAUGUUUCAGAGUAUGCAGAUGUAAUAGAAGUCAUAUUCUCCUUCUCGAUCUAUAUUUUUAGGGUCAUUAAUCUGUUCUUGAUGUGUAUUUGGACCUGAAAGAUAGUGUUUUGAUGGGGGUGCGCUACAUAUUGAUAAAGACCCAG